GGAGCCACCGGAGCGGCGCGGGUUCUCAGGUGAGCGCUCUGUGGCCGGGGCGGGCCGGCCGGCGCCUGGAGAUCCGGCAUCCGAUCCUCGCGGACUCUGCGGGCGUAGGAGGGACGUCCGGAGGAGGCGCGGGGAUCUGGCCAGGGUCCGGGCGUCGGAACCCCGGCCUCAAGCGGGAGGGGGCUCCGGAGCUGCGGGGAGGCAAGAUGACUUCUCUCCCCCAAACUUGGAACAGCUGAAGGAAACAACAGUACAAGAUGAGAACAACAAAGGUCUACAAACUCGUCAUCCACAAGAAGGGCUUCGGGGGCAGUGACGAUGAGCUAGUCGUGAACCCCAAAGUAUUUCCACACAUCAAGCUUGGAGACAUCGUGGAGAUUGCCCACCCCAACGAUGAGUACAGCCCUCUGCUUUUGCAGGUCAAGUCACUUAAGGAGGAUUUGCAGAAAGAAACUAUCAGUGUGGACCAGACGGUGACUCAGGUGUUCCGGCUAAGACCUUAUCAGGAUGUGUAUGUGAAUGUUGUAGACCCUAAGGAUGUGACCCUUGACCUUGUGGAAUUAACCUUUAAGGAUCAAUAUAUUGGCCGUGGGGAUAUGUGGCGACUAAAGAAAAGUUUGGUCAGCACAUGUGCCUAUAUCACUCAGAAGGUGGAAUUUGCAGGCAUCAGGGCACAGGCUGGUGAGCUCUGGGUCAAGAAUGAGAAGGUCAUGUGUGGUUAUAUCAGCGAAGAUACCAGGGUGGUGUUCCGUUCUACGUCGGCUAUGGUUUACAUAUUUAUUCAGAUGAGCUGUGAAAUGUGGGAUUUUGAUAUUUAUGGGGAUCUGUAUUUUGAGAAAGCUGUGAAUGGUUUCCUUGCUGAUCUCUUCACCAAGUGGAAGGAGAAGAACUGCAGUCAUGAAGUGACAGUGGUCCUGUUUUCUAGGACUUUUUAUGAUGCAAAAUCUCUUGAUGAAUUUCCUGAAAUAAACCGAGCCUCAAUUAGGCAGGAUCACAAGGGGCGAUUCUAUGAAGACUUUUACAAGGUGGUGGUGCAGAACGAGAGGAGGGAAGAGUGGACCUCACUCCUCGUGACCAUCAAAAAGCUCUUCAUCCAGUACCCGGUGCUGGUGCGGCUGGAACAGGCAGAGGGCUUUCCUCAAGGAGACAAUUCUACCUCAGCACAAGGAAAUUACCUAGAGGCCAUCAACCUGUCCUUCAACGUGUUUGACAAGCACUAUAUCAACCGCAACUUUGACCGAACCGGGCAGAUGUCGGUGGUGAUCACACCCGGGGUGGGCGUGUUCGAAGUGGACCGGCUGCUCAUGAUCCUGACCAAGCAGCGGAUGAUAGAUAACGGAAUCGGUGUGGACCUGGUGUGCAUGGGGGAGCAGCCGCUGCACGCGGUCCCGUUGUUCAAGCUGCACAAUCGGAGUGCCCCUCAUGACUCCCGUCUGGGCGAUGACUACAACAUCCCUCACUGGAUAAACCACAGUUUCUACACAUCCAAAAGCCAGCUCUUUUGUAAUAGUUUCACUCCACGAAUUAAACUGGCAGGAAAGAAGCCCACCUCUGAGAAAGCAAAAAACGGCCGUGAUACAUCUCUCGGGACCCCCAAAGAAUCCGAGAACACCCUUCCCAUCCAGGUGGAUUACGAUGCUUACGACGCACAAGUCUUCAGGCUCCCGGGUCCCUCCCGGGCUCAGCGCCUCGCCACCUGCAGGUCUGUGCGAGAGCGGGAGAGUCACAGCCGGAAGAGCGCCAGCUCCUGUGACGUUUCGUCCAGCCCUUCGCUGCCCGGCCGGACGCUGCCCACAGAGGAGGUGAGGAGCCAGGCUUCCGACGACAGCUCGCUGGGCAGGAGCGCCAACAUCCUGGUGAUCCCUCACCCCCACCUGCACCAGUACGAAGUCAGCAGCUCCCUGGGCUACACCAGCACUCGAGACGUCCUGGAGAACAUGAUGGAGCCACCACAGCGGGAUUCCAGCGCACCGGGCCGGUUCCACGUGGGCAGCGCAGAGUCCAUGCUGCACGUCCGCCCCGGGGGGUACACGCCCCAGCGGGCACUGAUUAACCCCUUUGCACCCUCGCGGAUGCCCAUGAAGCUCACGUCCAACAGGAGGCGCUGGAUGCACACUUUCCCUGUGGGACCGUCCGGAGAGGCCAUUCAGAUCCAUCACCAGACCCGACAGAACAUGGCAGAGCUGCAGGGCAGCGGACAGAGGGACCUGACCCACUCCUCCGCGGAGCUGCUGGAGCUGGCAUACCACGAGGCCGCCGGCAGGCACAGCACUUCCCGCCAGCCUGGCGACAGCACGUCCUUCUUGAGCUUCGCUGGGACGGAGGAGCUCUCGGUCAGCCUGCUCAGCGGCAGUGGUGCAGGUGUGAAUCCUCGGACCCAGAAUAAGGAUUCUCCGGAGGACAGUGUGUCUACCUCUCCAGACCCAAUUCUGACGCUGUCUGCUCCCCCUGUAGUGCCAGGCUUCUGUUGCACAGUUGGUGUGGACUGGAAGUCACUCACGACUCCCGCGUGCCUCCCCCUCACCACGGACUACUUCCCCGACCGCCAGGGCCUACAGAACGACUACACGGAGGGCUGCUACGAUCUCCUCCCAGAGGCUGACAUUGACAGGAGGGACGAGGAGGGUGUGCAGAUGACGGCCCAGCAGGUGUUUGAAGAGUUCAUCUGCCAGCGGCUCAUGCAGGGUUACCAGAUCAUUGUUCAGCCCCGUGCACAGAAGCCCAGCCCUGCCGGCCCACCGCCACUCAGCAGCAGCCCGCUCUACAGCCGGGGCCUUGUGUCCCGAAACCGCCCAGAGGAGGAAGACCAGUACUGGCUGAGCAUGGGCAGAACCUUCCACAAAGUCACACUGAAAGACAAGAUGAUCACAGUGACCCGGUACCUUCCCAAGUACCCGUACGAGUCUGCCCAGAUCCACUACGCCUACAGCCUCUGCCCCUCCCACUCCGAUUCAGAGUUCGUCUCCUGUUGGGUGGAAUUCUCCCAUGAGCGACUGGAGGAGUACAAGUGGAAUUACUUAGAUCAGUACAUCUGCUCUGCCGGCUCCGAGGACUUCAGCUUAAUCGAGUCCCUGAAGUUCUGGAGGACACGCUUCCUGCUGCUGCCGGCCUGCGUCACCGCCACCAAGCGCAUCACGGAGGGAGAGGCCCACUGCGACAUCUACGGGGACCGGCCGCGGGCGGACGAGGAGGAGUGGCAGCUCCUGGACGGCUUCAUCCGCUUCGUGGAGGGCCUGAACCGCAUCCGCCGGCGGCACCGCUCCGACCGCAUGAUGCGGAAAGGGGCCGCCAUGAAAGGCUUACAGAUGGCCGGGCCCAUCCCCACGCACUCCCUUGAAUCGGCCGGCCCCCCGGUUGGGAAGAAGGGAACCUCAGCUCUGUCCGCCCUGCUGGAGAUGGAGGCUAGUCAGAAGUGCCUGGGAGAGCAGCAGGCAGCGGCACAUGGGGUCAAGAGCUCCGCCCCGCCGGCCGAGAGCAGCGGUGUUGCCAUGACUCCCACCUACGUGGACAGCCCGCGAAAGGACGGGGCCUUCUUUAUGGAGUUUGUCCGCAGCCCGCGCACAGCAGCAUCCGCCUUCUACCCGCAGGUGUCUUUGGACCAGACGGCUGCCCCAGUGCUGGACGGCAGCAGCUUGGGGGUGAGCACAGGCCAGUCCGUGGACAGGGGUAACAGCCAGACCUUCGGGAACUCGCAGAGCUUGGGGGAACAGGGCUUCCCCUCUGCAAACUCCAGUGAUAGCAGCUCUCAGCAACUGGCGGCCAGCUCCCUGACCUCUUCCUCCACCCUGGUGGAGAUCCUGGAGGCCAUGAAGCACCCCUCCCACAGGGAUUUCCCUGCGUCUGGGAGCAGCGGGGAGGAAUUGUGCUGUGAGGGCCCUCCCUUCCGUGGGGGACUCUCUUCUUUCCGCACCUCCUCUCCCCUUGUGGCCUCCUCGGAACUCAGGACAGGUGUCCAGCUGCUCCCUGAGCAGAAGGGCCUGUCGCCGAGCUGCUUCAUCAGCGCGGAGGUGGUGCACUGGCUGGUGAAUCACGUGGAGGGGGUCCAGACGCAGGCCAUGGCCAUCGACAUCAUGCAGAAAAUGCUGGAAGAGCAACUCAUCACACACGCCUCUGGCGAAGCCUGGCGGACCUUCAUCUACGGCUUCUAUUUCUACAAGAUCGUGAUGGACAGAGAUCCCGAGCGAGUGGCUGUGCAGCAGCCCACCACCUGGCAUACGACGGCAGUGGAUGACUUCGCCAGCUUCCAGCGCAAGUGGUUCGAGGUGGCCUUCGUGGCGGAGGAGCUCCUGCACUCGGAGAUCCCUGCCUUCCUGCUGCCCUGGCUGCCCAGCCGGCCAGCCUCCUACGCCAGCAGGCACAGCUCCUUCAGCCGCAGCUUCGGGGGCCGCAGCCAGGCCGCCGCGCUCUUGGCCGCCACUGUCCCGGAGCAGAGGACCGUGACCCUGGAUGUGGACGUGAACAACCGCACGGACCGCCUGGAGUGGUGCAGCUGUUACUACCACGGCAACUUCUCUCUGAACGCGGCCUUUGAGAUCAAGCUGCACUGGAUGGCUGUGACCGCCGCAGUGCUCUUUGAGAUGGUCCAAGGUUGGCACCGCAAGGCCACCUCCUGUGGCUUUUUGUUGGUGCCGGUUUUGGAGGGGCCCUUUGCUCUGCCCAGUUACCUGUACGGCGACCCGCUCCGGGCCCAGCUGUUCAUCCCACUCAACAUUAGCUGCCUGCUCAAGGAGGGCAGCGAGCACCUAUUUGACAGCUUUGAACCAGAAACAUACUGGGACCGAAUGCACCUUUUCCAGGAAGCCAUUGCACACAGGUUUGGGUUUGUACAAGAUAAAUACUCUGCAUCCGCUUUCAACUUCCCAGCAGAGAACAAGCCUCAGUACAUUCACGUCACAGGGACGGUGUUCCUGCAGCUGCCCUACUCCAAGCGCAAGUUCUCGGGGCAGCCGCGGCGGCGCCGCAACUCCACCAGCUCCGCCAGCCAGACCCUGUUCUGCGAGGAGCGCGUGGGCUACAACUGGGCCUACAACACCAUGCUCACCAAGACCUGGCGCUCCAGCGCCACCGGCGACGAGAGGUUUGCCGACCGGCUGCUGAAGGACUUCACAGACUUCUGUGGCAACCGUGACAAUCGGCUGGUGGCCUUCUGGACCGGCUGCCUGGAGAAGAUGCAUGCCAGCGCCCCGUGAUGGGCCAGGGUGCUGGGAGCUGGCGUCCCACUGCCCAUGAGACUCAGAGGGGGAUGGUCAGGCAGGCUCAGCGGAUGGGGGUUGUGGGGGUGCAUGUCCCCCACCAGUGUCCAUCCUCUCCCCGAAGGGAGGCUGCAGGAGCCGCUGUGCCCUGGGAGUGGGCGGGAGGGCAGCCCCGUGAGCAUCCGCAGUCUGGCGAAGCGGGACCUGCCGCUUCCCUCCCAGGAGGAGUGCGCACAGGAUGUAUAAUUUUGUGAAAUAAUGUACCAUAGGCUCACACAGCUGUAUAUACCUGUACAGAGCAGAAGCGGGAAUAAAGUGCCCCAGGCAGCA